AUGAACUCACAACACCUGUGCAUCCCUACAUCAUCCGCACACCUGUGCACCCCUGCGCAUCAUCCGCACACCUGUGCACCCCUGCGCAUCAUCCGCACACCUGUGCACCCCUGCGCAUCAUCCGCACACCUGUGCACCCCUGCGCAUCAUCCGCACACCUGUGCACCCCUGCGCAUCAUCCGCACACCUGUGCACCCCUGCACAUCAUCCAGCGCAUCAUCCGCACACCUGUGCAUCCCUGUGCAUCACCUGCACACCUGUGCACCCCUGCGCAUCAUCCGCACACCUGUGCAUCCCUGUGCAUCACCUGCACACCUGUGCACACCUGCGCAUCAUCCGCACACCUGUGCACCCCUGCGCAUCACCUGCACACCUGUGCAUCCCUGCGCAUCACCCGCACACCUGUGCACCCCUGUGCAUCACCCGCACAGCUGUGCACCCCUGCGCAUCAUCCGCACACCUGUGCAUCCCUGUGCAUCACCUGCACACCUGUGCACACCUGCGCAUCAUCCGCACACCUGUGCACCCCUGCGCAUCAUCCGCACACCUGUGCAUCCCUGCGCAUCAUCCACACACCUGUGCAUCCCUGCACAUCACCUGCACACCUGUGCAUCCCUGCACAUCAUCCGCACACCUGUGCACCCCUGCGCAUCAUCCGCACACCUGUGCUCCCCUGCGCAUCAUCCGCACACCUGUGCUCCCCUGCGCAUCAUCCGCACACCUGUGCUCCCCUGCGCAUCAUCCGCACACCUGUGCUCCCCUGCGCAUCAUCCGCACACCUGUGCUCCCCUGCGCAUCAUCCGCACACCUGUGCUCCCCUGCGCAUCAUCCGCACACCUGUGCUCCCCUGCGCAUCAUCCGCACACCUGUGCUCCCCUGCGCAUCAUCCGCACACCUGUGCUCCCCUGCGCAUCAUCCGCACACCUGUGCUCCCCUGCGCAUCAUCCGCACACCUGUGCAUCCCUGCGCAUCAUCCACACACCUGUGCAUCCCUGCACAUCAUCUGCACACCUGUGCAUCCCUGCAUAUCAUCUGCACACCUGUGCAUCCCUGCACAUCACCUGCACAAUAUCCACACACCUGUGCAUCCUUGCACAACAUCUGCACAAGAUUAGCCAAUAUUCCAGCUAG